AUGUCAGAUCCAGCUGUAACUGCCGAUAUUUUAGAAUACAUUGAUUAUAUCAUACAACAAUGCAAAGAUGAUACUCAUUAUGAAAAUAUUAAAUCCUACUUAGAUUAUGUGUUUAAAUGUAGAGAUGAAAUGAAAUGGGCUGAAUUCGAAUAUUGUAUUUUAUUCCCAUUUAAUGUCUUAAAAAUGAAAAGUAUAAAAAUAAUGAUUAAAUAUCCAAAGAUUGGAGACCACUCAAAAGUAAAAGAAUAUCUCCAGUCUCUUAAUGAUGGAGGGAAGAAUUCAUUUGAGAGAAAAGUACUUUUUCUUCCUCUUUCUGUUCCAAAAUAUGCAGUUAUUGAAUCAACUGAAGAAAUUAACAAAAGACCAGAAUGGUUCAAUGUUGUUAAUCAAAUAUGUGUUGAUGAACUCCCAACCAAUAAAUGCAAUAAAAUUACUUCAUUUUUUAAGAAUAUGUGUCCAUCUCUUGAAUAUGAUUCAAUGUCUUGUGUUACUUUAACUCAGAGAAUAUGUCAGGAACACACAGACUGUAAGAAAGCAAUUGAUGAACUAUUAAAACAAAAUUCACAAAGUCUUGUGAAUAUGUUUGAAACAAAACGAAAUAAUGGAAAAAGUAUUAAAGAUAAAUAUGAAAAUGAUACAACUAUUGAAGAUCAAUUUGAACAGCCACUGACUGGCCCUAAAAGAGAACGAAAAGUAUGUUUAAUUAGAAUGGACUAUGAUAUUGUAAGUAAGGGAAUUGAACAACGUCCUCUAGAAAAAAGAGGUAGUGAAAGUCAAAUAGACCGAAACAACCAAAUAACCUCUCAUCAGUUAAAUAAUUCCCUACAUCAUCCCGAUUUUCAUGAAGCUCCAAUUCAUUUAUGGAAUCAACCUAUUACUAAUAGAAUGACACCUUCUCUCCCGAUCAGAGAACCAAUAAUUCACAAAGAACAAGAUAGAAUUUUUGAACAACAUCAGUCUAAUGUAUUUGACCCUGUACCGUAUACUUCAUUUACUCCAAUAACCAAUGUAGAACAAUAUCCUUUUUAUCCUCUUACUAUGGAAUUUUCACCAAUCCCAUCACAUGAAAGACCAAUCAAAGAGUGUGCCUUAUUAAAUGACUAUGACUUUAAACGAUAUUAUUCUGCCCAAACUUCACAAAAUGGUGUAGAACAGUUAGCACGAUCACAUCGUUUAGAAUCUGAAAUAAUGGACAGAAGGCGGAAUCGUCAAAAGGAAACAUUUAACUCAGAAGAAAAAAUUAUUGACUUAACACAAUCCUUUCAGCCUUCACUCUCUGGAAUAUUACAUUGA